AUGUCCGCCCAGACGCCCCCUCUCCUACUGACGAAGCGCCUCACGGCCUUCCUCGCCGCAAAUCUCUCACCGACCCUCCACGCCGCCCUUCUCACAACGCCCUCCGGCAAGCUUCUCGCCCACGCCUCGACACCCUCCGUUCCUCUAGCCCCCGCCCCAGCGCCCGGAAGCGGCACCACCACCACCACCACCAACAGCAACACGUCGACGACGGCGACAGCAGCCUCGCCUACGACGACGACGACAACCCAAUCCGCCUCCCCCGUCGCCCUGCUGCGCACCCAAGCCACGGUAGCAGCCUCCCUCUACGCCCUCCACGCCGCCGCGGCCCCCGCCCUCGCCCCGGCGCUCCCCGAAUCCGCAACGCCGACGUCCCUCUCCUCAUCCUCCGCCGAACCCGACGCCGCAGCCCGCCCCGCCAAACCCCUCGCCAUCACGGUCCAGCUCUCGCACGGCGUGCUCCUUAUCCGCAGCUCAAGUGCGGCCUCCUCUUCGUCUGCAUCGGGCCCCUGCCCGGAGGACGCCACCGGGGCUGCCGCCGCCGCCACCGGUCCGCACGCCGACGUGGCGGUAGCGGCCUGA